AUGAACUCGUCACGCGCAUUCACACGGACGACGCAAAACACGUUCCGCAAACCCCUCGACUUCCUCAGCAACCUCUCGCGGAACCCGGUACAGCUCCCAAAGGACAGAAAGAGAAAGGACAGCAACGUCCACCGGCGGAACCCCAGCGUCAGCUCAAUCGACGACACGGAUCACUCUGACGUCGAGCUGUACGCGCAGAUGGAGACGUCACGGCGGAGUCACUCGACGCAAAACUCGCAGUCGGAGCUGCAGCCUGCGGUUCCAUUGAUCGAUAUUGGGAGUCGCAGCAACAGCCCAUACCCACGCAUUCGAAGCGCCGCACAAAGCGAAGACGAAGACGAUGAAUACGAGCCCGCGAGCAGCAUACGGCCGUUGGUCAGCCAUGACGUGGGCAGAGGAAGCCAUGCCUUUCGCGGCUUCUGGCAACAAGGCGGGCCUGGGGCUUUCUUUUUCAGCACAUGGAUGGGCUGGCAGGUCUGGGUCGGACUGCUCGUCUUUUGGGUUGGCGCAUGUAGUUUUGGCCUACUGCUGAUGAAUCGCUUCAUCAUGUUGACGGGUGUCUACAAAUUCCCAUUCCCCCUCACUCAAUCCUACGCCCAGCUCAUCAUCACGCACAUCCUUCUGAUCCUUGUUUCGAGCCUUCUACGCUUCUCUAGCAAUCCUCUACACUUCAUAGGCUUUGGUGCCGCUGUGCCGCCUUCACAGCCAGCCGCGCCCCAGGGAGGAGCAUUCAGAGGCAACAAGAAGCCUGGCAUAUAUGCCUUUGCAACAUGGCUGUCGAAUGGAUCGGGAGGCAUUGCUGGUGGAGGCCUGUUUGAGUUUGACUGGCAAAUCGCGAAACAGGUGCUCCCACUUGCAGUAGUCUUUGUUGUCAAGGUGCUGCUCAGCAACUUCUCGUUUGCCUACGCGCCUCUACCAACCUACCAACUCGCCCGCAUCGGCAUAACCCCCCUCGCCAUAGUCUUCUCCUGCAUCCUCCAAAAAGAAAAUGUCAACGGCAGCAUCCUUUCCUCCGCCCUCGUUGCAACUCUCAACCUCUUCUUCGCCUCCUACCGCUCAAACGUCCGCGUCACCUGGGAGUCCGUCGUAGCUGGCGUCUUCUCAUCCAUCUUCGUCGCCCUCUAUCCUAUCCUCCUUCUUCGCACAUACCGCAAGAUUGUUGCUGGUUUGGUACCUGUAGGCGAUGUGCUCACCGGAUACCCCAGUGGCUCAGAAGAGCCAGGCAACAGGGAGGAGACUCGCGCUUUUUACCGCACGUUACACUACACCUCACUGGUAUCCCUCAUGCUCCUCACACCCAUUGUGAUCCUCUCCGGUGAGGUUCCUCAUAUCUACCACAACAUUCCCUUCCUCGACGUACCUUUCUUCUGGGCCAUGAUGCUGUUCGGCGGCAUGGGCUCGUGGGCUGUCUUCUCAGGCACAUUAUUGCUUGUCAAGGCAACGUCUCCCUUGACAGCGACGUUUGUGGCCGUUCCACGAAGCGCUUUCCAGCUCGUUGCUAUCACUUUGUUUAAGAGCCCAUCACAGACUUGGAUUGGUGUUAUACUAUGCUGGAUCAGCAGUCUGUGGUUCCUUGUUGCGAGACGGGAUGAAGGGAGAAGUAGGGAUCGCUUGAGAUUGGAGGGCCGGUAA